AUGGAGAUAAAGGUAAGAUUACUGAAUAGAAUUAGUCACGUGGGAGUGUUUUUUUGUUUUGUUUUUUUGUUUGUUUUUUUAUGAAUUAAUCUGCUGUUCCUUGCAGUUUUUCCAUACAAGAUAUUUAGUACUUCCAGGGGGUACUUGACCUCACAUUUUAUUUUUAUUUUAAUACUGAUCAAGGAGAGGGAGCUCCUGUUACCAUAACCUGAGUAAAGAACCUUGGUAGAUAAGGUGCCGAAGGGUCCCUUUUAGAAAUUACUGUAAAAUAAGAAUUUUGGAAAUCCUCUAAAAACUAAACAAUAAAUACCUUUCCCCUUCAACAUACCGAAUUCUCAGACUGCACGUAUUCUAAUGUAGCCAAAUUCUUUGGUACUAUACAGUGUGGAGCGUGCGUAUUUGUGGAAUAAUGUGGCAGAUUGUAAAAUAAACUGUACAAAUUAUAAAUAUCUUCUGUGCCAUUGCACCUCUGGUGUUUAUAGAUCCUGAGACCUGGAGCUUCCAUAUCUAUCCAGUACCAGUAUACAAAUAAAUUGCAAAUUCUGCUGCAUGUAUAUUUCUUUUUAUCUUGCUUCCAGUGCGAGCUUUGUAUGUGAUCAAGAGGCUGUUCUGUGAGUCUAGUACUGAGUGCCUGUUGAAGCCUAAUUUUGAAAUGAAAGCUAUGAUUGCUGUGUGCUGUUUGUAAGCUCUUAGACUUCCCUGACGGUUAUUGCUUCCUGUAAUCGCACAUGGUCUCUGUCAUCUUGCGUACAUCACCCAGCUAAUAAUCAGACUUUAAUUGCGUUCUUGUCUACCUAUAUGUACCCAGAGAAUAUUUAACUUGUUUUGUUUUCUCCGUCUAUUGAUUUUUUUUUUUUUUUUUUUGUGUUGUAAAUCUUUUAACCUUUGAUGUCAAUCUGGUGCAGCUUUGGGGAAGUGCAUCUUGCGAAUCCAGGAUUAUGUACCUAUUGGUGGAGUUUCAGUGAGAGUGUAUAGAGAAAAUGAGGGGUGGGGGACUGUAUCUUUUUUUGGAAUACGGUUGAAAAUGUCCUUUUUUGGGUGGAGUGAUAUUAUUUAAAGGGAUAUGCCAACCCUAUAACCAAACUAAGUGGGAUUUGCAUGUUUUUUUUGUUUUGUUUUUUAUAUUGUUUAUACAGUUGCAAGAAAAAGUAUGUGAACCCUUUGGAAUGAUAUGGAUUUCUGUACAAAUUGGUCAUAAAAUGUGAUCUGAUCAUCAUCUAAGUCACAACAAUAGACAAUCACAGUCUGCUUAAACUAAUAACACACAGAAUGAAAUGUUGCCAUGUUUUUAUUGAACACACCAUGUGAACAUUCACAGUGCAGGUGGAAAAAGUAUGUGAACCCUUGGAUUUAAUAACUGGUUGAACCUCCUUUGGCAGCAAUAACUUCAACCAAACGUUUCCUGUAGUUGCAGAUCAGACGUGCACAAUGGUCAGGAGUAAUUCUUGAACAUUCCUCUUUACAGAACUGUUUCAGUUCAGCAAUAUUCUUGCGAUGUCUGGUGUGAAUCGCUUUCUUGAGGUCAUUCCACAGCAUCUCAAUCAGGUUGAGGUCAGGACUCUGACUGGGCCACUUCAGAAGGCGUAUUUUCUUCUGUUUAAGCCAUUCUGUUGAUUUAUUUCUAUGCUUUGGGUCAUUGUCCUGUUGCAACACCCAUCUUGUGUUGAGCUUCAGCUGGUAGACAGAUGGCCUUAAGUUCUCCUGCAAAAUGUCUUGAUAAACUUGGGAAAUCAUUUUUCCUUCGAUGAUAGCAAUCCGUCCAGGCCCUAACGCAGCAAAGCAGCCCCAAACCAUGAUGCCUCCACCACCAUACUUCACAGUUGGGAUGAGAUUUUGAUGUUGGUGUGCUGUGCCUUUUUUUCGCCACACAUAGUGUUGUGUGUUUCUUCCAAACAACUCAGCUUUGGUUUCAUCUGUCCACAGAAUAUUUUGCCAGUACUGCUGUAGAACAUCCAGGUGCUCUUGUGCAAACUGUAAACGUGCUGCAAUGUUUUGUUUGGACAGCAGUGGCUUCCUCUGUGGUAUCUCCCCAUGAAAUCCAUUCUUGUUUAGUGUUUUAUGUAUUGUGGAUUCGCUAACUGGGAUGUUGGCAUUUGCCGGUGACUUUUGUAAGUCUUUAGCUGACACUCUAGGAUUCUUCUUCAGCUCAUUGAGCAGUCUGCGCUGUGCUCUUGCAGUCAUCUUUACAGGACGGCCACUCCUAGGGAGAGUAGCAGCAGUGCUGAACUUUCUCCAUUUAUAGACAAUUUGUCUUACCAUGGACUGAUGAACAGCAAGGCUUUUGGAGAUACUUUUAUAACCCUUUCCAGCUUUAUGCAAGUCAACAAUUCUUAAUCGUAGGUCUUCUGAGAGCUCUUUUGUGCGAGGCAUCAUUCACAUCAGGCAAUGCUUCUUGUGAAAAGCAAACCCAGAACUGGUGUGUGUUUUUUUUAUAGGGCAGGGCAGCUGUAACCAACACCUCCAAUCUCAUCUCAUUGAUUGGACUCCAGUUGGCUGACAUCUCACUCCAAUUAGCUCUUGGAGAUGUCAUUAGUCUAGGGGUUCACAUACUUUUUCCACCUGCACUCUGAAUGUUUACAUGGUGUGUUCAAUAAAAACAUGGCAACAUUUCAUUCUUUGUGUGUUAUUAGUUUAAGCAGACUGUGAUUGUCUAUUGUUGUGACUGCAGUGUUCCCGGUAUUUUGUUCAAAGUGCCUUUGUUCGUAUACAUAGCCGUAUAAUAUAUAGUUGAUAAAUAUUAUGGAAUUUCUUGGAGUUGUUUGAUGCACUCAUACUCUGCACAUGGCUCUGAUAUUCAUUUUGUUUGGAAGGUCUGAGCUCCUUCGAAGUUGGCGCUCAACAGAGAGAACAAGAGAGAUUUGGGUCUGAAUUAUUUUGUCUUUUCCCCUCCUAAAGAGAGAAAGCUGUAUGAGUCCAUUGUGGAUUGGGUAUUUUACCGGUUUAAUGUGGGUGUUAAUUCUAACAUAUGACUUUGUCCCCAUAGGACUUUGUGUGAAUAGUGUUUGGAUUCCCCCCCAAUGAUGUGAGAUUUUAACAGUAAACGUCAUUUCCCGCACGGUGACAUUUUCUUUGAUGGCUGUGUUUUGAUUUUCCUCUUGGACAGCAUAAUGCAUAGUCCGUGUGAGCAGAUGGAGGUUGCUGGCUUCUUAUUACUGCUAAUUGCAGGAAAUGCCUCUUUGAUCCUAAUUUCGGAGAUUAACUGGCAGGGAUGUUUGUCUUCCGCCACUCUGCGCAUCCUUUUUUUGUAAAUGUAGCUAUUAGACCACCAAAAAAUCCUUGAUUAUUCUCAUUGGAAGUCUGUAUGAACAGGUCGUUUAAGCUGCUAACUGCUCCAUUUUAACUAUUUGGUCUUUAAUGUCUUCUUGCGUAGUCUGUUGACUGUUCGAAUGAUGAGAUAAUCUGAUCUCAUCACAGAGCUAAGAGUUACAGGUGUGUUUCCUGGGACAGUAUAGUAGCUGGUGCUGUAUCACCUCUACUGGAAGACCAUUUGUGUUUACUAAUCUUUCUGCAAGUGUCCUCAUUAUUCUCCCUACCAUCUUUCUACAAACACUUCAUCUUCUUGUUCUUUUAAAUUUCUGCCAUGCAAUGCCUGGUUAGUUAUCUGCUCAAUUGAAAUUAAAGACAUUAACAUUAAGGAUUACCUUGCUUGAUACGAUUAUGCAGUGUAAUGCCACGUAAAGGCAUCAGAAUUAACUAUUUGUUUUAUAUGUAAUUGAGGUUUCUUUCAUCAAUUGACGUGGGAGAUUAAUGUUCUUGUGAAUUAAUUUGUUAUAGCAUAAGUUCAAUUAUUUGUAGCCAUAACUAUCUUUAUAAUUCAGCAUUAAUUGCCCCAUUCCACCGUAGCAAUUGAACAAGCAGCGCAAAAGACAAAGAUUAGUGUUUAAAAUCUUUCUCUCACAUUUAUUCAAUAUAUGCUAUUUCUGGUACCAAUAAAAAUAAUCAGAUUACUUUUGAAAUACACACUAUGAACUAUAUCUGUUCCAUUACCUCUGGGACAAAACUUUUUUUUUUCUUUCUUUUUUUUCUUUUUUUUUAAACUUUGUCCGUCAUCAUAUUAUCAUUGUAACCAAUUAUUUCCUUGUUACAGGUGGAAUUAAUUAAAGGGAAUUCUCAAAGCAUUGGACUGAUCAUGGUACAAGCUCGAGAUGGAGACACUGGCCAUGUCUGCGUAGAGAGUGUAACUCCGAACUCUCCGGCAGCUAUUGCUGAUCUGAAAAAGGGAGAUCGUCUGAUUGCUAUAGGAGGUACACAUUCACACCUAGUGCCUUUCUGUGCAAGCACAUGUAUUGCCAGAGUAGAUCUGACUGCAACACAAAAAGAAGGGUUAUAACAUUGCCCAAGGAACCGAGGUUAUAGCACAGCCCAGGGGACUAAGGUUAUCACAUCUACCUAGAUAGAUAUUCCCUUUCUGUAGCACAGAAUAUGUGCACACAACAGCCAAUGCUUGUUUUCUCAUGUCUACAUAUCCGAUAAGUAGGUUUUUAAAUCCUAUAUAUCUCUUAAUUACUUGGAACAUACUGAUAUAAGGAAAGCAGGUGUAAAGUGUUACUCCAACCCCUAUCUUUAAUGACUUAUAGGGCAUUACUACCUAACAUUGUCUCGGCACUUACAUGGUCCAGUCAUAAUCUUCUUAUAGAGAAGCCUGUGAUUGGACCAUUUUGCUGGCUUAGACUGUAGGCACACUGCUAGGAGGGAGAAUUCAAUUUAAAAGAAGCAAAAAGGCUAAGUUACAGAGGGAGGUGGUAGGGAGCACUCACCACAAGUGAGAAAGGAAGUGGAAGGCUAUUUUCAUAUUGCCAGUUCACUGCCUGCAGUGGUGAAGAUUUUCCAUCUGUUGCUAGCACGCACAAGAUUGACAUUAGUCAACCGGAGGAGUAUUCUAAGCGGCUGGAGGUGCUAGCCUACAAUACACAAUUAAAAAUAAUUCUGAACAUCCAGACUUCUACCACAAUGACCACUUUAAAUCACUGAAGUGGUUAUGGUGGUUGGAGUAACCAUUUCAUCUGCUUUACUGGACUAUUAAUGUUUAUACAUAAAGAGACAAACUAGAUACCAAUAUCUUGUAAAAAUAAAAAUAAAAAAAAAACUCCCUUUAUCUUUGUGGUUUUAUUAACCUCCCUUGGUCUGUCUGUCAUUUUUUUUUUUUAGCUAUGCAAUAUUCUGUUAGGACAUAUUAACGGUCCCUUUCUUUUUAACAGGUAUCAAAGUGACUUCAUCUGUUCAAGCCUCGAAGCUUAUCAAACAAGCUGGAGAUAGAGUUCUUGUAUUCUAUGAAAGACCUGCUGGUCAAAAUCAGCAUGGUGGCGGCGGCUUGCAAGAGACAUUUGGACAGUUGGAAGAUUCCACUUUUGGACCAACACCAUUUACUCCAAAUUUUGAGGAGGAUUCAACAAGCUUGCUUGUAGAUACUGAAAACAAAGAGUUGGACUCAGAGUUUGAGGAUCUUGCCUGCGAGAUCAAGCCUACUGGGGAGCCGAAGGAGGAUGUUUUCCUUCCAGUAUCUCAAAGUCCUAAACGUGUUGUGGCAAAUCUUUCUACUAAACCUAUGGGUUCGAUAUCACCUAUUCUAAAUAGAAAGCUGAACUUGCCAAGUUACCAAACUUCUUCAAAAACCCAGGCAAAACCCACCAAGACGGUUCCUCCAGAAAACCAAGAUUCUGUACAGCAAAACAGGCUUUUAACAGGAUCUAGUAACAGACCACCUGUACCCCCAAGGCCCCAAGUAAAACUUACCUUAACUACCUGUGAAACUAUAAGCGCUUUGGAAACUACAGAGCCUGUUGUGGAUAAACCAGAGAAGCCACUUCCAACAUCCACAAAUGGUGACAAGCUGGCAGAGAAAUCUGUAAAACCUGUGGAACUAGUGGAUGAGGUUGCUCCCCAGAAAGCCAAUACGCUGAAGCAGGAUGCUGCAAAGGAUAAAGUAUCAGAAAGUUCUGCAAGCACAAAGGAUAGUGUAGAUGAUCAGCAUGUCUGGGAAUCUCCAGAAGUGCUGUUUAAGAAUCGUCAAGGCCGUUGGCCCAGAUCAUCAUGUCUCUUCGAAGUGGAAGGCUACCACAGAUACUUGAAUGUAGCUCUAUGGUGCAGAGACUCUUUUAAGACAGGGAGUCUUUGUUGUGUAGGACAUGUCAGUAUCAAACUAGAAGACAUUGCAUUAGAAUGCCUCUCAACAACAUCCCUGGAGUAUCUUACAACCUUCAGGUUGAAUGCCCCGGAGCCCAAAGCAGCAGUCAGCAGAACAGCUUUAAGAAGUCUAAGUAUGCACAAGGGAUUUAAUGAAAAGUAUUGCUACGGGGACAUCACUUUGAACUUCAAGUAUUUGAUGGAAGGAGAGUCUGAGAAUUCUAGCAUACAGCUCGAAAAAGAAAGAGAUGUCAGCUUUAUGGAAGACAUGGCCCUGCUUCAGAAAGAAGAGGUGCAAAUGUCCCACAUGGUUUUUACUGAAACCAAACACAAUUUCCAAGAUACACAGUUUCAGAAUUCUACCCUUUGCGAUCACUGUAAGAGAAAAGUGUGGACUAAAGCUGCCUCGCAGUGCAUGACAUGUGGCUAUGUUUGCCAUAAGAAAUGCCAAGAGAAAUGCUUAGCGGAAAAUCCAUAUUGUGUAGCUUUAGAAAAGAGAGUUGAUCUUGAAUCUAAAUCAUUGGGCAAUAGAACUACGGGUAUUACAAGACAUAUCAUAAACACCAGUUCCCGUCUCUUAAAUUUACGUCAAGCCCCCAAAACACGGCAGCCAGAGCAAGGUAGUGAUCUUGUGGAGCCUUCUCCAAAGCACACUCCAAACACUUCUGACAACGAGAGCAGCGACACAGAGACAGGUGGUGCAAACAGCCCUUCUAAGAGAGCUUCCAGUGGAACAGGAAAGCUUGUUCGAAAAGAAGGCGGCUUGGAUGACAGUGUUUUUAUCGCUGUUAAAGAAAUCGGCCGUGAUCUCUACAGAGGACUGCCAACUGAUGAAAGGAUCCAGAAGUUGGAAUUCAUGUUGGACAAGCUGCAGAACGAGAUAGAUCAAGAACUGGAACAUAACAACUCGCUAUUGAAGGAGGAGAAAGAAGCCACUGACACUAGGAGAAAAGCACUUCUUUCUGCUGCUUUGUCCAAAUCCGGAGAGAGGCUCCAAGCUCUCACCCUCCUUAUGAUUCAUUAUCGAGCUGGUAUUGAGGACAUCGAAUCUUUAGAAAACUCCUCUUUGGCACAGCCCAGGAAAACGGCUAAAUACGAGGAGGAAUCUAUGGCUACAUUAGAAGUGGAGAACAAUGAUGAAAAUGAGCUUGUUCAGGAGGAGCAGGAAGUGUUAAGCUACAUAUCGGAACAGAAGCCCCUAGACUCCCCAGAAGCAGAGUAGGCUUUGGAAGUGCUCUCUAAACAUAUAUAUAUAUAUAUAUUUUUUUUUUUUUUUAAACCACUGAUAUAAAAUUACAAAUAAUAUAUUUGCACUCCAAUCAAGAUAAUGUAUUGUCUGCACCUAAAGUAACAAGCAGAAGGCAGAACAGGUUCACAGUGCAUCCGGAGAUGCAGCCAAUAAUUCCAUAGUAAGGGUUCACAAAGUGGAAGCCUCCAACCUGGAUUGGAACUGGUACUAUGGAUGGUGUACCUAUCAGUCAGGAACUUUAGCGGGCUCAAUAGAGCCAUUGAUGGUCCAAACGACUGUGCUAGCAAACUGACAUUUGAAAGCUCUGUGAUAAAGUUUGUCAAUUUAAAUGGGCUUUAGUUUGUUUCACAGACUGCGGCCAAACACAGUAUACUAGAAUUGGGAAUGCAAUGCUGGCUCCACCUUAGAGAUACGUAUAUAUAUAUUUUGCUGUUCUCAUGCACCUUGUAUAUUUAGUUGCUCAGAUUAAUUCUUUAUAAAUCCAUCUCUAGCUGCCAUCCACAUUUUAUUUAUAGUUUAUCAUCUGUGUAUUGUGUGUCACAUGAAAGAAUAGAAUAUAUUUGGGAGAAUUAAGAAAAAAAAUAUAUGUAUAUAUAAAUAUAUAUACACACUAUGUGAUUUCAUAUGAAAGCUGAUUCUAUAAUAAAGUAAUACUCAGAACAGUCAAGAGAAGGAAAUAGCCCGUGCUACAUGGUGUAAUCCCGGUGUGAACCAUAGCAAUCAAAGAUUUAUAGUAAAGUUGAAGAUGUUAAUAAUCCCUGUUAUAGCGUACAACAGAUGGAAUGAAUCCAGGUGUAGCAGCGUUCUGAUGGGAAUAGCAGGACACUCGUCUACACACAAACCUUCACUCUUAAUGAUAUACAGAUUUUUGGCAGACCUUCAGUUUUUGUACUCUCCUCUUUCUCCGUCCAAUUUCAGAUUGUAAUUUAACAUUAUAUAAACCUCUUUCACUAAGCAUGCAGGACUAGAUGGUUUACGUUAGGAGUGUUAAUGUGAGUGAGGAUCUUAGGAAUACUCGCAAUACUCUGACCCUCUCCCUUGCGGUCCCUUUAGCUAGUGCGAUAUUAAGACCUUCCUUCAUUACAUAGGGGUAUAACCUAUAGAGAUGGUAUGGUUUUUACAAUUCACUCAUACGCAGUAAAAGACCAGUAACAAUGCUUUUAAAAAGGGAUUAUGUUGGUAUUGUCGUUUUUUUUUAUUUUUUAUUUUUUUAAUGCAAAUGAAGUGGCGUUGGUGUAAGGCACUUUGUUAAACGGAUAAAGAGGUAAAUGGAUGUGCUCAUGUUGAACUUGGAGUAAUAUCAGGCGAGUGUCCUAGGCUAUAUGAAUGUAGCUCACUCUCCAUAUUCCGUCAGUCUAUACAACUUGGGUCCCAUGGGCAGAUUUAUAUCCAUUUCUAGAUUUCCUGAAAUACACUAUUCCUUUAUUUAAUCUUAUAGGGACCCUAUAGGCAGGUCAUGACUUCUGUAGUACAGAUAACUCUUACCAUGAGGUUUUGGGGAAGGUAUGGCCAUUAUAGUGCUUUUCUGAGCACUACACAUUGUAGGGGAUUUUUUUUUUUUGGUAUGUGAUAAACCCAUCUUGUUCAGUUUGUGUGCUGAUUAAACAAAUUGUCUACAUUUUGACCGAAACUUUUUUUACAAGUUACAAAUUGAUGAUCAUGAUAUUUCUCUAAAAUUCCUUAACACCGCUUUAGAUAAUGCACACUGUUGGGACACUGGACAGAAAGGAAGAGUAAAGAAUCAAAAUUCUCUUUAAUUGAUUGUUUCAUUCUUGUACCAUCAUGGAAUUAGUCUUAUUGCGUGCAUUGCAUAAACCAAAACCAAGAGCCUUUAAUUUCACAACAGGCGCUCAUGUUUGAAUUUAGCUUACGAUUCAUUUUUUGUAUCAGAAUUUUAAGCUAAAAUAGAAUAGAAAGUCUCCAGUUCAGCAUUUUUAUUUAUUUAUUUUUUCUGCUCAGGUCUUCUAGCCCAAGAUUUGCAGUCUGUUAUUUUUUUUCACACUUCACAUUUUCCAGGGUUUUGUUUAGUUGUUAGGUUUGAAUUGUGGAAGCUUUAACAAAGAAGGAUUUUACAAUAUUUCAACUCCUCCUUUAUCAGUUUGCAAGCUACACAUAAUGACUUCAUUUUAGGAUAACCACAAAAAAUUGCUUCUAUUGCAACUUAAACUAUCUCUAAAACAUGUAAAUAAAGCGUCUGUUCUUAUUAUUGGGGCCCCAUUUUAUUCAUAUGGGGAGCCAUCAUUCUAACCUGUAGCACCUGUAAUUGGUUGUGGACAUGACUCAUGGUCUCCCUUUGUAUCCCUGUGCACCAUGGGAAACGUAGGCUUCAAAUGCUGCAGUGCCAAAUGUUUGCCAUUGCUGCAUUGUGUUUCUAGAUACGACAAAUACAACAUUGCAGCUAAACGUAAUCAGCAUCCUCUUGCCUAUCACCUGAACUUUCCAUGUACCCGAAAAUUAUUCCUUGUUUUGAAGUCGCUGUUGAUCUUGAUAUUUUUGACCAUUUACUAAAGAAUUAUUCUGAGAUAAAAUCUAAUUUAUUCCUAGCAAUUCAGGUUAUCCUGGAAUCUGUCUUGGGACGGGCCCUCUUUCAGUAAUUACAUUUUCUACUUUUAUUUCCUCCUAGAGCAUACACAAUUUAAUUUGUUAAUUUUUGAUUUAUAAAGAAUUUUAAGCCAAAGGCGCACUAUCGCCAGAAAAGGGUUUAUGUUGGUAGUGCAUAUCAAAUGACAGAAUUGGCGAGAUUAGGAGUUUAUGGACAAAUGUUAAAUUGUUUGGAAUAUCAAACCUAUAUAGUUUACUUAUAGAUUAUCUUUGUCUUCCAGCUUCAGUUAUCCCUGUAUCUCCUGUUUUGACCAUAACAAUUCCUGUAGAAAUCUACAUCCAAGUGAACGCUUAAAGCUAACAUACAGCAAUGUCACCCAUUUCCAUUACACACUUUAUUACCGCUCUGCACUUGGCUGUCACCGGCUGGGAUCACUACAGCAUUUGUUUGGACUUAUUUUUGUAAAUGUCUUUCAUGCAUCGGACAGGCUGGGGAAACAAAUCGGUUAAUAUGAUGCUGCUAAUUACCAUUUAUCUUUUGUAAAGUUCAAAAUAAAUGUAGUGCAAUAUUUUUUAUAUACAUUAAAGGAAAUGAUAGUCACUGGGGAAAAAGAGACUAUACCAAACUGUCCUGCUCCUGCUGCAGUGAAUUGUGUUUUAACUGGAAAAGGAUGUAAUCUUUUACAUUCAUAAUGUAAUCUUUACAACAAUGCUUGAUUGGAACUAGCUUCAGUAAUAAAACAAUUAAUUGCAGGAUUGUUUGGUUGUCAAUGGGUGAUCUAAAGUCAUUGUUAUCCUGUCGUCGUUUGCACACAUCAUAAACCGUUUUCUGCUCUUUAGAAAGCAACACGUUUCUGGUUUCAUACAGUGUUUGUGUGUUUUUGUAUUUAUAACAUUUGUAGUCGAAGGCUCACUACUCCAAGCCAUGGCAUACCCUCCUUGGGUAAAUUUCUACCCCCACCCCCCCCAACUAAACUUUCAGUAUCAAAGUGCUAGGACAUAUGGCAAUUUUGAGCUCUGUAAAUUAAAUGUUUUUGACCUAAUGCAUUUCUCCCAGGCCUACCUCUGCUGGCAAAUAAAUUUGGAUAUACAGGAGCAGUCCAGCAGUCUUAUUAUGUGAGAAAAUCCCACAUUAAAGGAAAUGCAGGACUCUGCUUGUAUGUUCUUGGUGGUCGUGAUAUCCCCUGACCAAUUUUAAGCUAAGCCUGCCAUCUGCCAAAUUCUGGGCUAGAUUACAUGUUGAACAGCAUGUGACUGCAUUCUGCAAACAACCUCACAAAAUAUGGAUCAUUUCAAAGCCUUGGCAUUCAAUUAGGAGAGACAUGAAUUUCUACAUUUCAAUUAUCAUUUCAGCCAGUCCACUUGGUGGAAGUACGGAUAUAUUUAAAAGGUAUUCAGUAAACUGGAAUAGUAAGAACUUAAUCUGCUUCUAUCGGAUCAUACAGUGGUGAAAAAUAAAUGUAAACCCUUCAUAUUUCUGAACUCCUACUUUACUUUCAUUAUAAUAACACCUAGUUUGAACAUUAAAAAUGUAUUUGUAAAAACAAGUGAUUGUGGUACCUCCUGCAGCAGCUUUGUCUUCAACCAAAUAUAGGCUGUAGCUUUUUCUUCCAGUAUUGGCCCAUUCCUCUAAAUGGAGCUUCUUGAAAGAUAUUUUGAUAUUUUCUUCCGUGAGUCUCACCACAGCCUAUUCAGUUGGUUAAGAUCGGGCUAGUUUUAUU